AUUGCAAAACCGGAUAUUACGUCAGACGCGCCGUAUUCAAACUUGUUUUCAAUACGGAAGCACGGCCAGACCGUUUAGAAGAAGGGUUUCCUCAAAAACGCUGUGAUGCUGUAAACAUUUUAAAACAUAACUAUUGACAACUACACUCUUGCAAUGGCUGCCAGAGGUGCAAAGGAUGCUAUUGUUAACAAGUUGGGCUUUAAAUCAAAUGGCUCCAAGAUGGAAUUGGAGCUUGAUAAACUCCGCAGAGAAAAUGCACAUCUUAAGAAGAACUUGGAUGAAAUGUCCAGACGGCAUGGACAUGGAAAGCACCCCGAUUCGGACAAAACGAAACUACUCGAGAGGAUCGUAUCUCUGGAGACUUUGAGGGAGAGGAACUCCCAACAGCUCCUGUCGAAGGACCAGGAGAUCGCAACGCUCCGACAACAGCUGCGCUCGGCGCAGGGCGAGGUGGUCGCGUCGUUGCACUCCCAGCUGGAUGAGAAGAAGAAAGAGGCCGAGCAGAGAGAGAAACUCUUCCAGUCGCUGACUGUAGAGACGGAGAACCUGAAGAACAGGUUGGCCUCAGUGACGGAAAGAUGCCAGGCCCUGGAGAAGCGUGACCCCGCUGCACAGGUCCAGACUGGUGAUGUGGCAGUGAUCCAGGACCAGCUGAGAGAUGCCCUUGAGAAGAACCAGCACUGGCUGGUGUACGACCAGCAGCGGGAGGCCUAUGUCCAGGGGCUGCUGGCCCGGACCCAGGAGCUGGAGCAGCAGCUCAGCCGACCCAACCAGACUUCCCCGCAGCAGGGCAAAGAGGGCCCUUCAGAGGCGAACAAGACCACCACGGCUGCCCAGCAGGAGCAGCUGCUGAAACAGCUGCAGGAGGCGCAGAGGGAGGCCGGUGCACUGAGGGAGAAGGCGAUGCAGGCUGAGCGGGAGCUGGCGGAGCUGAGGCAGCGGUCGGGCCGGGUGGAGGGGGAGGCGCAGGCGGAGCGGCAGAGGAGCGGGCAGGCCAGCCGGGAGGCCCAGGAGCAGCGGGAGAGGGCGGCCAAGGCGGAGCGAGAGGCCGAGGGCUUGCGGGAGAAGGUAGUGCGGGCCCAGGAGGAGGCGCGCGGCCUGAGGGGGAGGUACGAGGAGAAGCGAAGAGAGCUGGAGAACGCCGACACGCUCCUGGAGGAGGAGCGGAAGAGGGCGUCCGAUCUACUCAUACAGGUGAACCUGCUUCAGAAAUCCAUGUUGAACCAACACGAUGAGCAGAAGAGGAUGGCAGUGCUUGAACAACAGAUGCAGCUGUCCGUGCGGGACUUUGAGACGGAGAAGCUGGACCGUCAGGAUCUCCAGCAGCAGCUUCACCGCAUGCUGAAGGAGCUACGCAAGGCCAGGGAGCAGAUCUCACGCCUGGAGGCCACUAAACACCAGUCUCGCUUCUCGGAGCCCUCCUCCUACACCCGGCUGGAGCGUCUCACAGUGGACGACCCCACCUCCCCCUCCAAGGUGCUGGACGAGAGCUUCCUGGAGUGUCCCAAAUGUCACACCACCUACCCUACCAGCCAGCAUCGUGAGCUGCUCACCCACAUCGACUACUGCUGUGCCUGAAGCAAUCUGAAGUGUUUUUGUUUUUGUUUUGUUAUUUAAUUUCUUCUGAAUGUUUACCAUAUAAAAGUAUUUUCUAGAAAUUUUAUGACCAAAUAUCUUGAGUAUUUUUUUAUUUUCUUGAUUGAUCUGUGGUGGGUAUCAGUAAUCCACAUGUGUUUGCUUUACUACUGUGUGUAUAUGUUUGAUGGUAUUGGGCAUUUUAAGUUGUACUGUAUUUUCAUUGAACAAGCCUCCAGAAUUGAAUGUGUUCCCAUAAACCUAUUAUGACUUAUGACAUUAUGACAUACACAAUCAUUGAUAUGAGAUUCAGUCCCAAAUCUGUCUGUUAUGCUUUAAGUUAUGUGUGACUUUGUAUAACUUCUUUGUCUUUGUUUUACAUAUUUCAACAUCUAGCAAUAUAUGGGUAGAAUGGUAAUGUUAUUUGCACUUGGGACUCUUGUUUAUGACUUCACCGUUUUUGCUUCCUUGUAUAUCUUACUGUGUGCAGAACUUCAAUUAAAAGAAAGACAGUAAAACUGGAA